AUGGUUAGAAAGCAGCAGCAGUACACUCUGAAUGUUGAACAAAACACAACGGAACAGUUAUUAAGAAGUCCAUACUGUUCAAAUGAAGGAUUACACUGUGGUUGUAGAGCACACCAUCUGACAUGCCAGCCACAACAGGUUAUAGAAAACUCAAGUUCACUCUGGAAAACAUUUCUACUCUGUCUGUUGGCCUGUCUAGCCGCCACAGCCAUUAUGGCUCUGAUCUUUUAUUUUGGCCCCUUUGGUAAGCCUACCAGCAACACCACCAUCAUCAUUCAUACAGAUGGGAAGUCCAGUCAGGAUCUCUGCACCUCUGCUCCGACAACGUCUCCAACUGCAUCACCUCUAACUGGAUUGCAGACCACUUCACCUUCUGCUCCUGUGACCACCCCGACCUCAUCUACCAGCACACCCACACCUACCACCAUGACAACUACAGCUACAACUCUGGGUCAUGAGGCUGACAUUGAAGAAUACUGA